GCCCCGCCCGCUCCCGCCCACUACCCCCGGAACCGGUGGCCGAGCUCCGGCCGCGGGCAGUGGAGCAGCGACGGCGCCGCGGAGCCGCGGGGAUGAGCGCCUCCCGCCGCCCCGCGUCCUGGGCCCGGCCCUUCUGACAGAGACUCCGGGCUCCUGGCGGAUAGUCCACGUCUACCCUUGAGGAUCCUCUCCCCGCACUCGGCGCACAGCAACGCCCUUCAUGAUCGUCCUCUGCAGGGCAGGUGUGAGAAGAUUGCAGGUCCAUUACAAUCAUGGUGCAGAAAUACCAGUCCCCCGUGAGGGUGUACAAACACCCCUUCGAGCUGAUUAUGGCUGCCUACGAAAGGAGGUUCCCCACGUGCCCGCUGAUCCCGAUGUUUGUGGACAGUGACACUGUGAAUGAAUUCCGGAGUGAGGACGGGGCCAUUCACAUCAUAGAAAGACGCUGCAAACUGGACAUAGACGCACCCCGGCUGCUGAAAAAGAUUGCGGGAGUUGACUAUGUUUAUUUCGUCCAGAAAAACUCACUGAAUUCCCGGGAGCGCACUUUGCACAUUGAGGCCCAUAAUGAGACGUUUGCCAACCGGGUCAUCAUUAAGGAGCACUGCUGCUACACUGUUCACCCUGAAAAUGAAGAUUGGACCUGUUUCGAACAGUCUGCAAGCUUAGAUAUUAAAUCUUUCUUUGGUUUUGAAAGUACAGUGGAGAAAAUUGCAAUGAAACAAUAUACCAGCAACAUUAAAAAAGGGAAGGAAAUCAUUGAGUACUACCUUCACCAGUUGGAGGAGGAGGGCAUCACCUUCGUGCCCCGCUGGACUCCGCCGCCCCUGGCGCCCUCUGCGGAGACGGCCGCGUCGUGCAGGAAGCGAGCCGCGUCGCUGGCCUCCGUGGCCCCAGAGGCUGCGCAGAAGGAAGGGCUGAGCAGCGAGGCCCUCAGCAGCCCCAGCGGGGCCUCUGAGCCCGCCGCGGGGACCCCCGACGACAAGCUGGACGCAGACUACAUUAAGAGGUACCUGGGCGACCUGACCCCGCUGCAGGAGAGCUGCCUGAUCCGGCUGCGCCAGUGGCUCCAGGAGACCCACAAGGGCAAAAUCCCCAAAGAUGAGCACAUUCUCCGGUUCUUACGCGCCCGGGACUUCAACAUCGACAAAGCCAGAGAGAUCAUGUGCCAGUCGCUGACCUGGCGCAAGCAGCACCAGGUGGACUACAUCCUCGACACCUGGAACCCGCCCCAGGUCCUGCAGGACUACUACGCGGGAGGCUGGCACCACCACGACAAAGACGGGCGGCCCCUCUACGUGCUCAGGCUGGGACAGAUGGACACCAAAGGCCUGGUGAGGGCCCUCGGGGAGGAGGCCCUGCUCAGAUACGUCCUCUCCAUCAACGAGGAAGGGCUGAGACGCUGUGAAGAAAACACCAAAGUCUUCGGCCGGCCCAUCAGCUCGUGGACCUGCCUGGUGGACCUGGAGGGGCUGAACAUGCGCCACCUGUGGAGGCCCGGCGUCAAGGCCCUGCUGCGCAUCAUCGAGGUGGUGGAGGCCAACUACCCCGAGACGCUGGGCCGCCUGCUGAUCCUGCGGGCCCCCCGCGUGUUUCCUGUGCUCUGGACGCUGGUCAGCCCGUUCAUCGACGACAACACCAGGAGGAAGUUCCUCAUCUACGCCGGGAACGACUACCAGGGCCCCGGGGGCCUGCUGGACUACAUCGACAAGGAGGUCAUCCCCGACUUCCUGGGCGGGGAGUGCAUGUGUGAAGUGCCGGAGGGCGGGCUGGUCCCCAAGUCCCUGUACCGGACCGCGGAGGAGCUGGAGAACGAAGACCUCAAGCUCUGGACCGAGACCAUCUACCAAUCCGCCAGCGUCUUCAAAGGAGCCCCGCACGAGAUCCUCGUUCAGAUCGUGGAUGCCUCUUCGGUGAUCACGUGGGAUUUUGACGUGUGCAAAGGGGACAUUGUGUUCAACAUCUACCACUCCAAGCGGUCACCACAGCCACCCAAGAAGGACUCCCUGGGGGCGCACAGCAUCACGUCUCCCGGGGGGAACAACGUGCAGCUGAUUGACAGGGCCUGGCAGCUGGGCCGGGACUACAGCAUGGUGGAGUCGCCGCUGAUCUGCAGAGAAGGGGAGAGUGUGCAGGGCUCCCACGUGACCCGGUGGCCGGGCUUCUACAUCCUGCAGUGGAAGUUCCACAGCAUGCCCGCGUGCGCCGCCACCAACCUGCCCCGCGUGGACGACGUGCUGGCCUCCCUGCAGGUCUCCUCCCACAAGUGUAAAGUGAUGUACUACACCGAGGUGAUCGGCUCCGAGGACUUCAGAGGCUCCAUGACCAGCCUGGAGUCCAGCCACAGUGGGUUCUCCCAGCUGAGCGCCGCCACCACCUCCUCCAGCCAGUCCCACUCCAGCUCCAUGGCUUCCAGGUAGUGCCGCGCCGCCUCUGCUCGGACAGCCCAGCGCUCCACCAGCGGCCAGUGCUGAGCCUCUCGCCCCACCCUAGGUAGCAGGUAGCUCUCGAGAUGGUAAACGUAGUCACUGAUCCCGACUCUGGACAGGUAGCUUCACUCUAACUCACCAAUAGCCAUAGGUUUGUAUGCAGCGCGCACAGGAUCACCCGGGCACAAGGGCUAUCGCGCAGGAGCGCAGUUUAUAUGCCAGGCAAGAGGUAGACUUUGCCUCCAGUGUCGAUGCAAAAAGUGUCUGGACCACCUCCACACUGUCCACACUCCCUCCCACCCUCCUGCGCGGAGCGGCUGCGACUCGCCCCCCCACCGCAGCCCUCACCUCCCUGUUGUCACCGGCCUGUCACGGACUGAGCGGCAGCCUGCGGCCUCCUUAGAACAGACACGGCUUAAGCUGGAAGGACUGAGAGCCACAUGGAUCCACGGCUCUCCAGUGGGUGCUGGGUCCGGGCUCCUGUGACGCCAGGCACCCGCCAUCAUUAAACACGAUUGUCUCUCUCCUUUCUCACCUUGCUGGCACUCAGAGCAGGGCUUCCUGUGCGGGCACUGGGCUGCGGGCACGCUCCCUCUCCUGGCGCCUUGCCCGUCCUGCCCGCACAUGGGUCUGAGCUCAUUCCCGACGUAGCUCGCCGGCCCCCACCCGAGCCUCAGAGCAGCAGCGCCCGGCUGCCCCUGGUCACCGGGGGACUCUGAGCAGUCGGUCACUUUGCCAUUUUGAAACUGCCCGCUGUUCACUUUUGCCAACCGGCGCGCUCAUGGUGUGGCGGCUCCCGGGUACGGGGGGCUGUGGGAGCCCUGGUCUCUGUGGAAGGCAGUGACUCUUGUGGGCAUGGCGGUGGGGCGGGCGGGCCCGGCAAGGAGGACUUAGUCCGGUGUCAGGCUUCUCACGGAAGCAAAGCAGCUGUGAGCUUGGCUUGUCUUCCAAGUUUUCUUUUUAUUCCCAUUUACAACGAUGGGUCUGUCUUGCAUGGGCCCUCGUUUUCCGCUUUCUACGGGGAAGCAGCUAUUUUGGAAUCUGUCUGGACGACACGGUCGCCUCACAAUGGAGACGAGCUGUGGCGGGCGCGGCCGGGGCGCUGCUGGAGCUGAGCGCCGCUGUGUGACGGCGCACGUCCUGGCUGCGUGGGUUUCAGUCUGCUCCGGAGGCGGGCGUCCGUGGGGAUGGGGAGCUUCGUGGCACGUGUGCGGCCCCAGGGGGGCCGGGAAGAUGGGGCAGUGCGCAGCCCUCCGGCCUGGUCAGUGAGGCGCUUGGCCCGCCCGCACACUGACGCGGUGCUGGGCUCCCGUGACCGUGGCCCCCCGGAACACGGCUGUGCAUCCCUCCAGAAAGGGAAGCUCCUCACGGGCACCCCAAGGCUCCUCCUAGAAAGCACAGCAGGGUCAGUGCUGCUGCCAGUCGGCGCCUCCUGCUUCCAAUCAUAAGGACCUGAAGGUGGUCCCUUCUCUCUCUCCCUCCCUCCCUCUCUCUCUACCUCCCUCUCUCUCUUUCCCUCUCUCUCUCCCUCCCUCCCUCUCUCCCUACCCCCCUCCAUCUCAGAUGGCGACUUUGCUGACAGCUGCCAAGAAAACACUCCAGCCACCAGUGCACAUCAGCCCAGGGAUGUGUAGAGCUGUCUGACUCUCAGCCCCCCACCCCCCCAGUCUGAGGCUGUGUGCUUUUUAAGUUGGUCGGGAGGCGGCGCUGGUUCACCCAGGGAGUUGAAUGUGUCUGUGGGGCCGGGGCACGGACAGCCCGCGCUCCUGUGCGCCCGGCGCUCCUUGUGCAGGGUCUCGCCCAGCUCCCUGAUGCGCUCCCAUCGCCCGUGCCCUGCGCUCCCAGCGCUGCCGUCCCCCUGCCUUCCCCAGCACUAACCACUUGGUUCCACUUUCCUCCCUGAAUGCAUUAUUUGCAUAUCAACUUCUGUAAAUGUUUUGUAAACCUAUUACCUCACUCUUGGUAAUACAAUACUGAUAGUCUUUACAAGAUUUUUUAUUGUUAUCGAUAAUAAAUGUGAGCUGUUUAAAGAAAA